ACAUCGCAGUCAGAUGACUUCCAUUCACAUGACUGCAAUUAGUAAAAGAACGUUUUUGUUAAAUUGUAGUUGGUCUUUCUUACUAUGUCAUCAAAACACAGGCUACGUUAUGACUGAUAGUUUAGGUGUGCUAGGUAGCGUUUUCGCUUUCACAAUUAGUUGCCAGUCAGCUGAGCAUUUGGAACAUUUAGCAAGUGAUUAGCUAGCACUUAGAUAGUAGCUAGCUAGCUGGUUGGUUGAGCUAGCUGUUCCCCAGGAGACAACUUUAAUUUACUUAAAAUUAACGUGCCAGCAGAGUUUGUAAGAAUGGACAAAAUUGCUAAAGAUGUGGGUGAUAUCCAGUCCCGACUGUUAGACCACAGACCAAUCAUCAACGCAGAGGUCUGCUACUUCGUGAGAGAGUUUGAGGAAAAACGUGGACACAGGGAGAGCAGACUGCUGGACAACCUAAAUAAAAUGGUUUUGGAAACCAAUGAGCAAAUCCUGCCAACAGAUUUAGGGGGCAUGCUGACUGAUGUUGUUAAACGGUUGGAGGCUGCUAAUCACAUGGCAGAGAGAGUCCAGCAGAGGGAGCUAGAGGCACAGCAGAGCAUGCAGCUGCAGGUGAACAUGGAGCGUUUGAAAGAUGAUUGGGCAGAGUUUCUUAAAGAACAGCAGAGAUUAAAGGAGGAGGUGAAUGAGGAGCACGCCAAGGCUGUAGGACAACUCACCACAGAGUACAGUGAAAAGAAGAAGGACUUGACCAAGUUUUCACUCCUCUAAUCAGUUGAUGUUUGCAGAUUGGGGAGUAAACAAACCUCUCUUAUUCCCUGCUUAUGUUUGUUAUGGACCUGCACGUCAGUUUUUUUGCACGUUUAAGACGAAUCUAUCGCCUUUGAUUGAUGAACUCAGCCGUUGGCAUAAAACGUAGAGGUUUUGCGCCUACACAAGACUCCACAUUUUUCAAAUCUUCAAUAUGAAAGUGUGAUUUACAACGUGGCAUUUCUCAGGCCAUCAAACUAACAAGUUUCUUUGGCAAAUGGAACUUUCACGGCACCUAAAAGGUCUGGAAUAUGUCAUUUUUAAACAAGCAAUCAUGUGAUUGUUCCUUGGCCGUGAAGUUUUCAACAUUUCAAGAUUUUUAAUGGAUGCCUGCCUGAAGGGUGCUGAUGACAAAUUUGCAUUUGCCUCUAGUUGAAAGGAACCUGGAGUUUAGCACCAGGGCAAGAUAUUCUAAGCACUGAAAGCCAGAUCAUUAAAUGUUAAAGGAGCCCUUCUGAGCAGGUGUGUUUAAAGCACGGCUCAACUGUUGUAGAAACAAGCUCAAACUAAACAGUUUCCAGAACAAAUCAUCCCUCAUCAGCCGUCCUGUGUUUGGAACAUUUGACCUCUGAUGUUAACUUUGUGUAAACCAACUGUCUGUGAAGUAACUCUCAUUAUAAAAGGCCUUUGCUGAAACCAAUUAGAAUGAUCAGCAGCAGCUGUUUUUUGUUUGCUUUGCCACCUCAAAUCGGAUUUAUAUGAGUUACAAAUCCAAUAUUUUCAUUGCUGUUUAAACAGA